UACCAGGUACUGGGGCGCAACGAGAAGAGCCACUCUCACGCACGUAGGAAGUCGAGAGGUUGUGUCGCGCCUAGAGCCCUCUGGGACUUGUAGUUCUGAAGAUGGAUCACGCCGCACCGUCGCCCGUGCCUCUGGGUCAGUGUUUUGAGACAGGGUCAACACAUUUCAGGCUGGCCUGGAGUUUGUCAUGGAGUGGGGGAUGUCCUCCUGCCUGCACCUCCUGAGUGCUGAAAUCACAGGCCACAGGCCGAGGUUUCUCAGGCCCUGCAGCGCCUGCACAUGACCAUCUUUUCCCAGAGUGUCUCUCCCUGCGGGAAGUUUCUGGCAGCUGGCAACAAUUACGGGCGGAUCGCCAUCUUCAGUUUGUCUGCUGCCUUGAGUUCAGAGGCCAAAGAAGAAAGCAAGAAACCCAUGGUGACCUUCCAUGCCCAUGACGGGCCUGUCUACAGCAUGGUCUCCACAGAUCGGCAUCUGCUCAGUGCUGGGGAUGGCGAAGUGAAGGGCUGGCUUUGGGCAGAGAUCCUCAAGAAGGGCUGUAAGGAACUGUGGCGUCGCCAGCCUCCAUACAGGACCAGCCUGGAAGUACCUGAAAUCAAUGCCUUGCUGCUUGUCCCCAAGGAGAAUUCACUCAUUCUAGCUGGGGGAGAUUGUCAGCUGCACACUAUGGACCUGGAAACUGGGACCUUCACACGGGCCCUCCGCGGCCACACAGACUAUAUCCAUUGCCUGGCACUGAGGGAUCGCAGUCCUGAGGUGCUGUCCGGUGGUGAGGAUGGAGCUGUACGGCUUUGGGAUCUCCGUAUAGCCAAAGAGGUUCAGACUAUCGAAGUCUAUAAGCAUGAGGAGUGCUCACGGCCCCACAAUGGGCGCUGGAUUGGAUGUUUGGCUACUGACUCAGACUGGAUGGUCUGUGGAGGGGGCCCAGCCCUCACCCUCUGGCACCUCAGGUCUUCCACGCCCACUACUGUCUUUCCCAUUCGGGCACCUCAGAAGCAUGUCACCUUCUACCAGGACCUGAUCCUGUCUGCUGGUCAGGGCUGUUGUGUCAACCACUGGCAGCUGAGUGGGGAGCUUAAGGCCCAGGUGCCUGGUUCCUCCCCAGGGCUGCUUAGCCUAAGCCUCAACCAGCAGCCAGCAGCCCCCGAGUGCAAGGUUCUGACUGCUUCUGGCAACAGCUGUCGAGUGGACGUCUUCACCAACCUGGGCUACCGAGCUUUCUCCAUGUCCUUCUGACACCUUGACCCUCCAUCUCACGAUGGGCUUAUACUUUAGCCCAGGCUGGCCCAGAACUCACUUUGUGGCUCAGCGUGGUCUCAAACUCUGAGCACUCCUCCUAUCUGUUGCCAGAGUGCUGAGAUUUAGACCUGUGAGCCACUACAUUCAGCUUUAUUUUUCUUGUCAAAAUAAAGUUUUAUGUUUUU